UCCGCAACCACACAUACGUCACUAUUAUGCGCCACAGGUUUAGGAAGAGCGCGAUAACUUCAAUCAAAUGGCAUGUAUAAUUACAUUUUAGAUUCAUAUUAGUAUUUCUUAUAAACUAUGAUACGUACAUAUUAUUAAUAUGGGUGAGUGAUAUAACACAGACGAUAACUUUGUCAGUACACAAUCGAGUGGUUCUCGCUGAGUAAUUAGGUCCACCCGGGAUGAUGGACUCUACUGAGAUGUUUUUCUCAGUACCACAGGGGCUACCUUCUGCUUGGGACACCGUAACUGCAGCUCUGGUGUCUCCAGUGUCCAAUGACAUCACCAUGUCUGAUGAGUCUCUCUCUGAGGGGCUUAGCCUGCUGUGCUCUAACAGCCUGGGACAGUUUCUGGAGGGAUGGCUAAUGGAGACCCUGCAGGUGCGUCUUACUACUGCUAUUGCCCCUGAGUUCUGGGCUGGAAUGAAGCAACCAGAGAAUGAACUGGAGGAGAAGGACAGGGCCAGGAUCCUACUCAUGGCCUUCCGUACCCUUUUGGACAGACUGCAACCUUUCCUAGGAGGGUUGGAGAGGCUGGGUACCUGGCAAGACGAGGGCCGGGGUGGUCUGUGUGGCCCUGGGGCCAGGGGUCUCCGUGAGAGGGCCUUCUCUGUCAUCAGGGCCAUUCUGCUGUUCUCCCCCUCGGCUGUGCUCCAGGAGAGAAUACUGGAAUUCUACAGUAGGACUUUCUCUGUGCACAUGACCCAGGAGGGGGAGGCAGGGGAGGCUGAGGAGGGGGCGGGGGUAGAGGGGGGGGUCUGUCAGGGCUGUACUGUCCCCACUCAGCGAUGCUGGUGUCAGCAAGCCCUGGAGCAGCUGCAAGAGCUCAGCCAAGUACUGUCCAGGUUGCAGCUAUUGGAGCGGGUCAGCUCAGAGGCAGUGACGUCCAUCUUACACAAACUGAUAGAGCAGCGGAUGGAGCAGCACUGCAGGGGGGAGUACGAGAGCUCUUUCCUCUUCGACUUUCAGGAGUGGCUAGAGCUGGUGUUGGGCUGGUUGAGCAGGGUGUUUGCCAGUGAUGUGGGUGGAGUCAGUGGACUGGGCACUGUGCCCAACGGCACAGGCAGCGGGGCUGGGGUGGUGGGCCAGCCAGCCAACGCCGUGCUGCAGCGCUGGAGGUGUCACAUGCACCAGUUCUUCUGCAGGAUCUACGUCAACAUGAGGAUCGAGGAGCUCUUCAGCAUCAUCAGAGAUUUCCCUGAGUCAAAGCCUGCCAUCGAUGACCUCAAGUUCUGCCUGGAGAGAACCAAUCAGAGGCAGCAGCUCCUCACGUCCCUUAAGACCGCCUUUGACACCCGUCUGCUUCACCCAGGAGUCCAUACCUCUGACAUCAUCACUGUGUACAUCUCAGCUAUAAAGGCCCUACGGGAGCUGGACCCAUCCAUGGUCAUCCUGCAGGUUGCGUGCCAACCAAUCCGCAAGUACCUCAGGACGCGGGAGGAUACAGUGCGUCAGAUAGUGGCCAGCCUUACUGGAGAUGCGGAGGGCUGCAGUGACCUGGCCAAUGAGUUGUCCCGUGCCGACCCCGUGACCCUGGAGACCCAGGACAGUGAGGACGAGGGCAGCGACCCAGAGGAAUGGACCCCAGACCCUAAGGAUGCUGUGACAGACAAGACAGGGUCUAAGCGACGUUCGUCUGACAUCAUCACUCUUCUGGUCAGCAUAUAUGGCAGUAAAGAGAUUUUCAUAGACGAGUACAGAACUGUCCUGGCAGACAGGCUGCUCCACCAGUUCAACUACAAUACAGCCAGGGAGAUACGUAAUGUGGAGUUACUCAAACUGAGAUUCGGAGAGUCCCAUAUGCACUACUGCGAGGUGAUGCUGAAGGACGUGGCUGACUCACGAAGGAUCAACACCAACAUCCGUGAGGAGGAGUCCAGGCUGGCUGAGGAGGAGCAGCCCCCUCUUUCCCUGUCAGCCAUGAUCCUGUCCUCUGAGUUCUGGCCCACACUGAAGGAGGAGAAGAUGGAGCUCCCGCCCCUGGCCUCCCAAGCCAUGGAGGCCUACACACACCGCUACGAGAAACUCAAGGCGAUGAGGACCCUGAGCUGGAAGCCUCAUUUGGGCUUAGUGACCCUGGAUGUGGAGCUGGAGGACAGGACUCUGACUAACCUGACUGUGUCCCCCAUCCAUGCUGCCAUCAUCCUGCACUUCCAAGACAAAAGCUCGUGGACUCUGGAGGAGCUGAGUGGGGUCCUGGGCGUUCCCCAGGAGAUGGUGAGGAGGAAGUUGGCUCUGUGGCAGCAGCAGGGGGUCCUAAAGGAGGAGGCUGGGGGGCGCUACUCUGUCCUGGAAACAGGCUCGUCCCGGGAAAGACCUGAGAGAGGGGUGAUGCUGAUUGACAGUGACGAGGAGGGAGACUCCAACACCACCACCCAGUCAGAGCAGAGGGAGGAGAAACUACAGUUGUUCUGGGCCUACAUCCAGGCCAUGCUGACCAACCUGGAGACCAUGACCCUAGAGCGCAUCCACUCCAUGCUCAGGAUGUUUGUUGCCACGGGACCAAUUGUCACAGAGAUGGACGUGAAUGAGCUGCAGGCCUUCCUGCAAAGGAAAGUGCGAGACCAUCAGCUCAUCAUGUCCGCAGGCAUCUACAGACUGCCUAAGUCCACCAACUGAGGAUGGGGAGAAGAGAGGAGGUUCAACUGAAAAGUGGAAAUAUCUGAUUAGUUUCUGAAAUGUACUAGAUGCCGCAUUGCAGUUGGAGACUCCAGUUUCACAGAUGAACCUUUUCAGAAAUGGGUUUGUAAAAGCAACUGAAAAUGCCAAGCAUCGUGCUGAAUUACUAUGUCUUACAAUACUAAUGGCUAUAAGGAGCAUGAACCACUCAGUCUUUAUUGUUGACCAUCCAGGUUGCUUGACUUUGUUAUGAGUUUUGGAGGACUCAAAAAUCAUACUAUCAAUGUGUUUCAGCAACCAUUGUGUUCUGAUGCUUUUAAAACAAAGUUGCACAUUGAAUUGACACGUGGUUGGACUUUGUGUAUUUUGAAGUUCCCCUUUUGAUAACAUGACAAUUGUCUGAGUUAAUAAAAAUACAUGAAUAUGUAAUAUGAUUGUAUUUGUCAUUAAAGAUUAUUGUAGCGCUUGCCGAAAUGAA